AUGAAACGGAUCAUCGAGGAAAAGAUUACUACUCAACUGACAUCUAUUUCGUCGCUUCGUAACUCAAAUGAUCCACAUAUCAGAUCCAUGCUCACUGAAUCCGAUUUUGGAGAUCCCAAUCGUGAGUCACGAAUCAAAGCAAGUAUGUAUAUCAAAUCGGAGCCUUUACUUUCUAGAAACAAGCAUGCUAAAGACAUCUACCAAAGUAAGCCUUGGACCGGAGAAGAAUCCUCCCACGAUGCUAACUUGCGAAUGAUUCUUGACUCUACUCCAAAACAGAAGCCAAUUCUUAACGAUCCCGUUGCAUCCUUACGGCACAAAAAACGCAUUACUCCUCAAGCGCGGUUGUCAAAUGCUAGAGAUGUUAGUUUGGAUUACAAAUUGAACAAGAAACUUGACUCAGACCUGGAAGAGAGUAGGUUUCGUGAAAUGUACAAAGAGCGAUUACUAGGACCCUCGAUGUUGCUCAAUUCAUCUGCUUCAUCUGCUAUCGAUUAUGUCGGAGCCGUUGCUAGCAAUAAAAUAAAUGCUUCUAUCAAUCAACAGACAGGUAAAUUUGAUGAUGAACCCCGGAUGCAAGAUGUAAGAGGCAAGCCGUUGAGUAGUGAACAUUUAAAGAAUUGUACGGACCUGAAUUAUUUUAUGAAUCAGAUAUUGAACAAACAAGAAGUCUUGCCGCCUUGGAUUGAAGCACAACAAAACCUAGACAAAUCAGUGAGCUCCUUUAGAGCAAACUUGGAUCAACUAUGGUUUAAAUGGAUAGUCAAUGAUUCCAUAAUGAGCAAUGUGGUAAACAAACUGAACACAAGUCUAGACGAAAUCUUGAAUGUUUAUGAAAAAGACAUCAAAAAAAUCACCUUUGCAGAUAACAAGCUACCCGAUGUUGACUUGAAAUAUAUUAAAAAAAAAGUAGAGAGUUUAAAUAACGAGGUUAGACAUUAUAAUUUGCAAUGUCCUAGUCUCAGCGGACAUAAAUUAAAACUUGACGCUGAAAAGGAGAUCAAGGCAUCUUAUUGGAGGACAUUGGAACAAUUUCCAACAUCAAUCGAGCAGUGGUUAGAGGUAAAUAAAGGAAGAAAUAAAAAAAGGUCCGACUCAGUUAAGAACGACGGAUGGAUCUCUACGUCCAAAAACAUGCUUGGUUUAUUUAGAGAAAGUGCACCAGAUAUUCACGAAAACAAAGAAAUAGACACGAAUUUGCAUAUUUGGCAAGCUAUUAAGGACAUUUUCAAGCCUGAUACAAAGAAAAAGAGCUAA